GCCUUGCUGAGCCUUGAGCCGGACUGGCCGCCCUGCGCGAAGUGCAGCUGACAAGGUGAAGCUGACCCGGGGCUGCUCCAGGCGCCUCCUCUAGGGCGGACGGCGGCUACCUCCUGCGCCUAGACCCCACUCCCCAGAGUUCUCCUCUGCUAGAGGUGCACAGGGCGGCCCCAGGCGGACCGGGCUGGCCCCCGAGCUGGGCUCUCGGUGCCCGAUGAACUGCCUGAAAGAGUCGCUGAGCCUGGAGCGCUUGGGAGCCGGGAAUAAACUGUGCUCCACCUCUCCCUCCUCCUCCUCCUCCGCCUCCUCCUCCUCCUCCUGCCACCACCAUCAGCACCACCACCACCACCCGGCCCUGGUUAUGGCUUCUGCCCUAACGCCCGGGCAACCGCGAUCGGCCUUGGAUUCUGCCAAACACCGGCUGGAGGUGCACACCAUCUCGGACACCUCCAGUCCCGAGGCGGCAGAGAAAGACAAGAGCCAGCCCAGCAAGAAUGAGGACGCGGCUCCCGAGGAUCCGUCCAAGAAGAAACGGCAGCGGCGGCAGCGGACUCACUUCACCAGCCAGCAGCUGCAGGAGCUGGAGGCCACUUUCCAACGGAACCGCUAUCCGGACAUGUCGACGCGGGAGGAGAUCGCCGUUUGGACCAACCUCACCGAGGCCCGAGUCAGGGUUUGGUUCAAGAACCGCCGGGCCAAGUGGCGGAAGCGCGAGCGGAACCAGCAGGCGGAGCUCUGCAAGAACGGCUUCGGGCCCCAGUUCAACGGCCUGAUGCAGCCCUACGACGACAUGUACCCGGGCUACUCGUACAACAACUGGGCGGCCAAGGGGCUGACCUCGGCCUCGCUCUCCACCAAGAGCUUCCCCUUCUUCAACUCCAUGAACGUCAACCCGCUGUCGUCGCAGAGCAUGUUCUCGCCGCCCAACUCCAUCUCCUCCAUGAGCAUGUCUUCCAGCAUGGUGCCCUCGGCGGUCAGCGGCGUGCCGGGCUCCAGCCUCAACAGCCUCAACAACUUGAACAACCUGAGCAACCCCUCCCUCAACUCGGCCGUGCCCACGCCCGCCUGCCCCUACGCCCCUCCGACCCCUCCUUACGUUUACAGGGACACGUGUAACUCUAGCCUGGCCAGCCUGAGACUCAAAGCCAAACAGCACUCCAGCUUCGGCUACGCCAGCGUUCAGAACCCGGCCUCCAACCUGAGCGCCUGCCAGUACGCCGUGGACAGGCCUGUGUGAGGAAGCGCCUGCCUUCCCUUCGCUUGGCUCCAUUCAGAAGAGAAACCCCGCCGAAGAAUUCUGAAUGAACAAGGGAGGCGGCGCGGCCUCGAUCAAAGGACUUGAACGUUCGAAUCGAAAGCAAAAGGGCACUAUUGAGAGAAAAAGCAACGGAAUUAAGCAAAAUGCAAACAAGAAAGGGACUGGGGGGGGAGGGGGGACGAGGGAAACCACUGAAAUUACCGAGUUCCUUUGUUUUCCAAGGAUCUGCCCCUGUUCCGCCUACCCUUUCGCUAAAAAGAAGAAGAAAGUAUUUCCAACAUAUUUCCCACAAGGACAUAUAUUAUAAAUAUAUAUAGAAAUACGGACAAACAUUUGACAGCAUAUGAUAUGACAUUUUAAUGUUCCUAUAAGCUCGUUAUUUUUUAUGUUUAGCAUUGUUAACAUUAAAAGAAAAAAAUUACGGGAAAGGAUGUAUAUAUAUAUCGAAAUGUCAAAUUAAUUUUAUAAAAACAGUUGUUAGUAAUAUCGCCACAGUGUUUUUAAAAGUUAGGCUUUAAAAUAAAGCAUGUUACACAAGAGAUUAGGGGUUUUUUUUCCGCUUGCGAGCAAGGGAAUGUAUAUACUAAAUCCGACACUGUAUGUUUCUAACAUAUUAUUAUUAUUAUUGUUAUUAUUAUUAUUAUUAUUAAAAAAUCCAUUGUGUGAAUAUCGGUUUUUAGAAUAGUACCUCUGGUGGCUGCAAUGGUGACUCUGAAACUGCAAUGUAAAACAUACCCUGUGUAUAACAUUUCGUAUAAUAUUAUUGUUUUCCUUUUCAGCCAACAUUGGAAAAAAUGUGUUUUUUUUUCUGGAGUAAAAUAUACAGCAUAC